CUUGCAUUUAAAGACUCGCUUUUAACAUAUGGUGAAUGCAGUAGUCAUAUUGUAAAUAUCGCGAUAGGUUUUCGAAGAUGUUAGGACUGGAUCUGUCCACUAGUGUGGAUGGUGUCGUCGAAACAAUCGAAAAGCUCCCAAUAGACUUGUUUGCAGAAACGCUUCAGUCAAUCCUGGUUUAUCUUCAGGAUCAGAACAGAGCAGUAGAUUUGAUUGAAACCUGUGAUAAAUUUCAUAGAGUUGGGAUAAACCUUGAUCAGAAAGCUGUUCAAGAUAUUAUAAAACUGAUGACAUACUAUUUUAGGUUAGCUGCAAAGAGCAAUCUCAGUUCGGAUGUCUUGGUCAGUAAAUUGACUGAAUGCAGCAGUAAAUGGUCCAAAUCUACGCUACCGGUGGUGCACCAGCUUUGGACUGAACGUGGUGCUCUUCUACAUGCACAUCAGGAGGUCCUGAAUAUGGCUAGUAUUGGACAGCUUGUAGAUAUUCAGUGGAAGCUUGGAAUGGCAGUGAGCUCAGAUACCUGUCGGUCCCUCAACUCCCCGUUCAUCUCUGUUCUGAUGAAAAUUGCAGACACAUCAGGAAAGAUGUCAUAUAAAUCUUUUGAGAUGACAGUUCAGCAGUUUCAGAACUUCUACAGGCAGUUCAAGGAAAUGGCCUCUGUUUUGGAGACUGUUUAAUGUUUUUCUGCAUGUGAAUUUUACAGCAGUGAUUGUGAACC